CCCACCCCUAGAUCCGCCAGGCAUUGUAGCCCAAUCCUUUCAUACUGAAAUGGUAUGAACUGUGUGACUAACUUUACGUCACAUGACCAAGGUCACAUGAUCAUGCAAAAUGGAGAUGAGAGAAAGCACAGACGUAUUAUUUAAAGUUCUGAUAACUUAUGCUAUAAUUGCCGAAACACUACAAUGUGGAAUCACAACGCAUAUAGAAAUAGCCCACAGAGCAUAUGAGUUCUAUGAUGGCAGAAGAGUAAUGCAAGCACAAGUGGGUGAGAAGACUGUAGACUUCCAGAAACUUAUAGUGGAGCACCAGGAUGCCUUUCAGGCUGGAAACCCAUACCCAGAUGCUUAUUAUAAUCCCAUCUGUCAAUAUGGUGUAUACCAUGAUAUAUCUGAGGAUACCCAUUGGACGCCAUUCAUGAAUGCUACCAUUAACUACAUAAGAAACCACUACCCUCCACCUUGGAAUAAGGCCACAGAGAAGUUGAUUGUGUUCCUACUUGGGCUGAUCUCCCAUCAGGUGGCUGAUGUGUCUUGGCACAGUCUUGGCAUUAACCAUGGCUUCCUCUCUGUCAUGGGGGAUGUAAAUUAUCAUGGCUCAUUUGAUAAUGCUCACUCUGAUGGAGAUCCUGGUGGUGAUGUCUUGAACCAGUAUGAAUUGAAUACAAACUAUAUACAUGAACUCUCGGAUUGGUAUGUACCAGUGGAUGAUCUUGUAAACAUAUACAGAGAGCUCUAUGGGGCUGAUAGGAUGCCUGAAUCUGUCAUUGAAGAGUGUACAAUGUUUCUGUUCCUUGGCAGGCUUGGUGAGCAGCUUGCAAUUGCAAAGCUUCUUCCAAAGUAUGCAUCAAAGAGUCCUUUCCUGGUGGACAAGUUAAAUGACUUCUUCCUUGGUGGUGUGUUUGAUAUGUCCGUCUGGACUACUAAUAUUUGGGAUAAAGCUUUGUUUAUGUUGGACAAGGGAACAAGUGCUUGUGAUUUACCCCACAACCCACUGUACAUCAGCUGUAAUAUGACAAAUCUAGAAGCCCCACCUAGGAAGCAGCAGGGAAGCCGUAAUGCUGAGAAAAACGGCUUCUUUGUGGCCUCACGGUUCCCUGGCCUCAGUAGAGGGGAUGUAUUGAUCAGAAGAACCAAGAGGGGUGUAUAUCUGUCAGCCAGUAAAAGGGUUAAGCAUUUAUUUAAGAAACAAGCGGAACUGUCUGAAUACCACCAAAACAAGACAUUAGACCAAUACUCAAGACUGAAUGAUGCCAAGGUCAAAACUGCAAUAUCUUCAUAUACUCUGAGUCGGCCAUAUGCCAGAGUUGGAGGGGCAAUGCUGAGUGGUGACUUGAACAAUGAUGGCUGGGAUGAUCUUAUAAUAGGAGCCCCUGGGUACAGCACUUUGGGAAACAUAGAGGCUGGACGUGUAUAUGUUAUACUAGGUUCAAGGAUAGGAUUACCUAGUGGCUUCAACAUUGACCUAGAUGACGUGUCCAACUUCACCAUCUCAGGCCCAUAUAAGGAGAAUGGAAGAUUUGGCAGCUCACUUGCGAUAGUUGACAUUAACAGGGAUGGCUACCCUGACCUUGCAGUUGGUGCGCCAUCUAUUGGAUCAAAAGUACUUCAAUAUACAGGCAGAGUGUAUGUGUACUAUGGUAGACCAGGAGGUUUUUUGUCUUCAGUACCAGACCUCACUGUGGAAUGUCAGGCAGUCUAUUGUAACCUUGGUUACUCUCUCAGCAGUGGAGAUCUGAAUGGGGACACAUACAAUGACCUUGUCAUUGGAGCUCCAUUCGCGCCUGUAGUUAAUGGAAGUGCACUCCGGGGAUUUGUAGGCGCCAUCUAUGCUAAAUCAGUCUACCAAAAAGGCCACGUCUCUUUGACAACUUUAGACUUUGAUUGGAGAGUAGAUGGGGAACAGGAUUAUUCCUGGUUCGGCUAUGAUGUCAAGGUCAAGAAGACAAGUCUCAGUGGAAUGUGGGUCAUGGUUGGAGCCCCUACAUACAGAAAAUGCCAAAUUCCAAAUUGUACAUUUUCUGAUGAGGAUACCCAGAGUGUAGGGAAGUUUUAUGUGUACCGACCACCCUCUCUCAUCCAUCUAUUUGAAGGGAGGGAGGAAUUCAGCAACCUUGGACACAGUUUCUCUGUUGGGAUGCCUUACGAGAAAUACACAGAUAUGUUGGCUAUAAGCAUGCCCAGCAACUCUGUUUCUGGUAGUGUGUUAGGUUUACCAGUAAGCGUCACACAAGCUGGUACUGUCCUCAUGUACAAUGUCUCUAGACUACUAUCUGAUGACAAGUAUCUUGUUGCUACAUUCUCUGGUGACAGGCGCUAUGAUAGGUUUGGGCACCAUCUACAGUUCAGUGAUAUAGAUGGCGAUGGUUUAGAUGACCUGAUCAUCACUGCACCCCUGAGAACGGAUGACAUCACAGGGGAACUUUAUGGAGCUGAGGAAGGCAGAGUCUAUAUCUACAUGUCCAAUUAUGAUCGCUUCCCAGAAUUUAAUUCUACAACCACAGACUGCCCUCAGAUGUCGCUAGUAGUACCUUGCCCCCAGCACUCAGCCACCUAUGAAUUACGUUAUGGGGAAGAGCAAGCUAGAUUUGGUAGUAAUGUUGCUGUUGUUAAAUCACCAGGGAAACAAGCCAAAGUAGCAGUGUCAGCCCUACAUAGCAGUCUUGGAGCUCGCAUGUCUGGUGUGAUAGCAAUAUACUCAUUCCCAUAG